UCUCUCUCUCUCUCACACACACACACACACAGGCACUCGCGCUCUACUGGACACUGGCUGGCUCGCGCUAUCUCUUGUCCUCUUCAAGCCAGCGCGACUUUUGCACUUCCAAAAAAAGGUUGGCAUCUAGAUUGGAAACUGACAUCUAAACGACACGUUAUUCGAGGGGUGACUAAAGAAGCUGGAGCAAAAAGUGAAUAUGGUCAGUCAAGGAGGCAAAACAACAUGCACAGCCCACUUUCCGAAGACCAAAGUUGACUGACUCAGACUCGUGACUCGUGUCUGAGCCUAAAUGUGUGAGACGAAGCUGUGGACAGUUACCAGAUAUAGAGGCCGUCAUAUCUUCUCAUUUUAGAACACACAGCUGUCAAAAAAGGGGGUCAACUGAAACCGUCUGUGCCGACAGCACAUUUGGGAGUAUUUUUCCUCCUCGGUUGUGCUGAGAACUAAGCGAUGGCCAUGGUGAGAGGGGGGUGGGGAGAUCCCAAUGGGGAGACUAAUGGACUUGGUGACAAGGGGUACCUGAGGGGAGAUGAGGACGAUGGGUCACCGCAAGGAGGCGGCAGCGACAUGGAGGCCGGGGAGGAUGAUAAAAGUUGUGUGGUGGACUGUGGGGUCUGCGGUGACAAGUCCAGUGGGAAACACUACGGCGUGUUUACUUGUGAGGGCUGCAAGAGCUUCUUCAAACGGAGUGUCCGACGAAACCUAAACUAUACCUGCAGAUCAAACCAAGACUGCCAGAUUGACCAACAUCAUCGCAACCAGUGUCAAUACUGUCGCUUAAAGAAGUGUUUCCGAGUGGGAAUGCGCAAAGAAGCAGUUCAGCGUGGACGCAUCCCACCUUCGCAUUCAAGCCUCAGCCCAUCCACGACUCCAGUGGGCGGUAAUGCCGGCAGUGGCGUGAGCGAGUUCUACAACGGGCAGCCGGUGUCUGAGCUCAUCUCCCAGCUCCUGCGGGCAGAGCCUUACCCUAACAGCCGCUACAGCCAUCAGUACAACCAGCAGAUGCAGGGGGGCGGAGGAUCCAUGGGCAUCGACAGCAUCUGCGAGCUAGCCGCCAGACUCCUGUUUAGCAUCAUCGAAUGGGCCCGAAACAUUCCUUACUUCCCCGAGCUGCCUGUAUCUGAUCAGGUGGCCUUGCUGCGGCUCAGCUGGAGCGAACUGUUUAUACUCAACGCCGCCCAAUCUGCCCUGCCCCUGCACAUGGCCCCGCUGCUUGCCGCCGCAGGCUUUCACUCCUCUCCCAUGUCUGCCGAGAGGGUGGUGUCCUUCAUGGACCAGGUGCGCAUCUUCCAGGACCAAGUGGAGAAGCUGACCCGCCUGCAAGUGGAUACAGCAGAGUACAGCUGUCUGAAGGCCAUUGCGCUCUUCUCACCAGAUGCGUGUGGGCUGACAGACCCGGCUCAUGUGGAAAGCCUGCAGGAAAAAGCUCAGGUGGCCCUGACCGAGUACGAGCGCAUGCAGUACCCCGGGCAGCCCCAACGCUUCGGACGGCUCCUACUGCGACUGCCCGCUCUGAGGGCCGUGCCCGCCAACCUCAUCUCUCAGCUCUUCUUCAUGCGCCUGGUGGGCAAAACGCCCAUCGAGACGCUCAUCCGUGACAUGCAGCUGUCUGGCAGUGCCAUCAGUUGGCCGUACGCACCCGGACAAUAACCAUUAUCAGAUGUGACCAUGAAACCAAACUAUCUCAGUGUGAUUGUGUUUUUUCAACCACACAUUCACUUCUGAUAUUCACCGGAUCACCUAAUGCAAAAGGUUAAUACUGUGGGAAUGGUGGAUUCAGUAGUACAUGGCAGAAGGCUUGAUGUAUGCUCUGUGUGAACUGUUUUAUGAGGCCUAGAAGCAUUCUUAAAAAAUGACUUGAGAAAUCUUGGUUAUCUGCUAGCCAAAGGUAAGAUGUUAGGUACAGUUUCUUAGCGAGUUAUUUAGUGGAAAUUGGUAAAAACCCUAAACAACAAGCUCUGUCAGUUGGGUGUAAACAUGAAAGUCACUUUAGACUGUCCCUGGAGGCAGCAGGAAAUCAAGUCCCCCUCAUAUUCUGCUCUGUCCUGUCCCUGUGUACCAGAAAGCCUGAAGGAGGAGGAAGUAGACAUGAUGACAUCCAAAAACCCAAACAAGCCAAACUAAAACAGUCAGAAUUGGGACUUAGGCAUUUGUUUUGGCAAUGAUAACUACUUGGCUUGUAUUUUUUAGCUCUUUUCCCCUAUUAAUGCUAAUGCAUAUCUAUGAGGAGAGACUGAAAUUUGCAAAAGCUAGUAGAUAAUGUUUUGUGACAACCAUUUGAAAAAUUAAUUGCGGGCUGUAUUUGUACUUUGAGUUAAGGUACAGACUUGUCCCUUCACGAAAGAUUCAUUUUUUAAUGCACACUGCAUUUGCGAUAGAAGACAAAUGAAGUAGUCAUGCUUUUUUUUUUCCAGAUGAAAAACCAGUGAACAUUCUUCAUGCAAGUUGUUCAUCAACACUCUACUGGUUUUCUAUUCUGCUUUUCUUUUUUUUUCUCACUUACCAGUUCAUGUUAAACUGGUAAUGAAGUCACAUUAUGUAUGUUGACCAAAAGAAAUACCUCUACAGUCUUUUGAGACUCAAACGGACUUUCAGUCAUUCACGGCUGGGUCAGUUUUUAAAUUUAUCAGCACACUUGAGCUGCUCACUUUACACUAAAGAGGAGUGAUUGGAUCUAUCUGUCUGUUAUGUUUGGCCGUUUUCAGUAAGAAACUGGCAUUGCCUGUUUUGUCUUUCGUGGAGCAGUGCUCUGGUGUGGCGUCUCGCAGGUGACAGCAUGUUGUAUUUGGCUCUUGUUGUGAGAUGUACGUUUUCUAGCCUUAUCAUACAUGUGAAUGACUAAUAUUACCUCAUAUUUAGGCCUUGAAACGUAUCAGGCGGUCUAAUAUACAUAAAUGCAUCAAAACGGCAACAUGUACAGUUUUCAUUUUAAUAUCUUUGUCUUUUUAAAUACUUGUGUAUGACAGCUUGAU